UUUCAUAUUUCGUUUAGAAAUUUCAAUUAUAUCCGUCCUCAUGCCGGGUGAGGAUAAUGAGUAUCAGCGUAAGUUGAUGGACCUCAUUCGUAAACGUGAUGAAAUCGAUGAAGAAAUCAGUCGGAACGCGGAAGUUCUUGAAAGGGAGAAGAACGUUGGCAUGGACGAGCCCCUAACAGAUAGAGAAGACUUUCCACGUGCGGAUAUAAAUGUACCUUUAGUGCGUCAAGCUCGCCACGCGAUCAUACGACUACGCAAUGACCGGAAGGAGUUGAUGGAACAAAUCGAAAAAGCGAUGGAAGCGCUUCAUGCCGAAGCUAGGUCAACGGGUUCGUCUGAAUCACGCUCGGAUGCGACGAAUAGUCCCCAACUCACCGAGCGGAAGCCGUUCGCCGUCAUAAAACACGUCGAACCUGAUUCCCCAGCCUUUCUAGCUGGCUUCAAAUCAGACGACGAAGUUCUCGAAGUUGGCUCUGUGAAUCAUCUAAACUUUUCUUCGCUAAAUGACAUCAAACUGGUUAUCGAUAGCUCGGAGAACUCGCGAGUUCGCGUCCUGUUGAGGAGGAAAGAGGGCGCGAAUACCCGCUUGGUACUUGCCGGACUGGUGCCGAAGAAGUGGAAGGGUUCGGGUUUAGUGGGUUGUGCUGUGUUGCCUUUGGCGAAAACGUGAUUAUGAGAUGUUUACUCUCUAUUAAAUUAUUUUGCGUAAACAUUUUUAAAGUUGUGAAAGAGUUACGGAUUUUUUUUAUUUUUGGUGCGCAGAUAUGUUACAUGUAAGGAAAAACCGUCGUAAGCUCGCAUCAGUCAUAAGUGGAUUAUCACUUGGGCUGUUCUGUGGCUUGUCACUGACGCGCACUGUUUUGAGAGAACCAGUCGCGGAAUCGCCAGACGUUGAGCUGGAUUUCGCAGCGAUGCACUUGGCCUAUAAUUUCACGAAAAUGGAUCAAAGUUCUUCAGUGAACCUUAAUACGAAUGAUCAUCAAUUCAUCUCGUCGGAACUGAAAAUGAAGGACCCGGUUGUUGUCUUGUCUACCUGCGAGUCUGCUUCCGUUUACGGUGUCGAUGCGAAUUUUGUACCACCGGUUGACUCGCCCGAAAUUGGAGAUGAUGUUUCGGGUACCGAGGCUACGUCCGAGCUACGAAUUUUGGAGUACAUUCUCGCUGAACGUCUUGCGGAGCAGUUUAACUUCAUUUACAUAGCACCUUGUAAAAGUUACAUUCACGAAUCGGAGUUGCAUGAGUUCAUUGACGCUCUGAGUCCGGGAGAUGUGGUACAAGUCGGCGUGACUUCGGGAAACGUUUGCAGUAUGGAUUCUGGAUUACUUAUGAGUGCCUUGUUAAUGGAAAAGAUUGACCCGUCGAAACUUGAGGAAUGCGAAAGUCGCGGGAUCACUGGAAUCAGUGCAUGUUUUGCGUUUGUCGGUGUUCCUUGUCUGCAGGAAGUUCGUCACGUCAAGUAUGUCGGAUUAGCAGCUGACAAAUAUUUGGAAAUGGAAAGCAGCUGGAACAGGAAUGCAUUUCUUGCCAUUUUGAAUGUCCCGAAUCCGUCGACGGCUCUUGAGCUUCGCUUGCUCGCGAUGAAGCGCAUGGAAGAGAGGCUAAUGGGAGAACUGAAGCGGCAGAAAAAGCAGCUGAUGGAGAAUGUGCAAGAAAAGGUGAAAGCUGAUUUUCCUAUGGAAUUUCGUCCACCGCAUGUUCCAAAGAACCGAUUUGACGUUCUUCCCUGGUUGUACAUCACAACGAACGGGUUCGUGCUGAGCUCAAAUGGGAAGCAGAAUCAACGUCGUUUAAGCGAGGAAGAAAGCGAAGAAUUGACGGAAUUACUGGAGGCCAUCGAAGGAGUCGUCGGAUCAGAUGUUGAGGCAUUGGGUGUAUACAAAAGGCUAGACUAUUCUCGAGGCGUCGAGUUCACCGUCGAUGUUCUGUAUCCCAAUGAACAAAAGAUACUAAGAUUUGAAGCCCUGAAGCCGUUGGGAGAAAUUGUUCCCAUUCGAAUGCCGUUUGUAACCGAAAAGAAAGUGGUGCACGUUGCCGUUUUUUGUCAUCGAGGCAAUGUUGAGGCUGUUUUGGGACUGAUUGCUUCAAUUAAAGACGGAAAUUCUGCUGAUCCGCAUAAAUUGAGACUCAUUGUUGGUCUACUGGAAGGUUAUGAUUUUCCGGAGGUUCGCCAAAAAUUAAAUCAAUUAGCCGGGUCAUCUGUCGUCAGAAUCAAUUCCCAACAAGUCGUAGAGUUUUUUCACGAGGUUGUCGGAAUUAUUCCUGAAGACUCGCUAAUUUUGCAUCUCGAAAAACCAAUUGAGCUGUCGAAUGAAUGGCUGAACCGGGUUCGAAUGCAAACUUUGAAGAAAAGCCAAAUUUUCGUGUCGUUGCCGUUCAGACUGUUCCACCCGGAAUUGGGGAAACUCCACGACAGCAACCAGGUAAACGCAAACGUCGGAAUCUUCGACGAGAAUGAACGAGGCUUUGUCAGUUUUUACGCUUCGGACUUCGUCAAAGCUCGUUCCGAGCUUUUGGCGAGGAAUUCGACGGAACGUGUGUCAUUGCUGACGUUGUUCACGAGAUUCUCUGAUCUGCAUAUUUUGUCUGCCCCAGAGCGCGGAGCUUUCGUGAAAUUCGAUCUGGAAGAAGAGAAACAAGUGCGUUUGUUGGGAGCGGCACAGUUUUGUCGGCGGAAAUCCACCGACGAAUAUUCUCGGAGUUGGUGUAAAGCUUCUUUUGAGACUAACCUUGGUUCGAAGCAGAGUUUGGGUUGGAAAUUCAUAUAAAAAGAAAAACACGUAUUUAGUUUUGCAGUGCGCACCAAAGAUGUGAAGAAGUCACACCGGGAUUGAUUUUUGCUGUUUUGGUUUCCUUUUGUUUGCCAAGGUUGGUUUUGUGAUGUGAUGGUGAUCGGUCUCAAGUUUUGGCUUUUCGUUUCCUUUCUCACAUUGGUGGUGAUAGUUUGCGGUGUUUGGAAGCUUUUCAUUUCCGGUAAAAUUCUUUCGACAUUUUUAUUUUUCUCGUUGAAGUAAUGAUGCAAGCCCAUCAUUUCUUUGAUUUUUGUUUCUAGAAUCGUUUCACAAACCAAGAAAGCGCGCAUCUGUGAGAAAUGCGCUGAAAAACGGGGAUUUGGCAGGUGCCUUGUCAAUUAUGCAGAGAAUGACGCCGAGUGAUAGACAGAAAAUAGCCGGAAAGUGGCUGGUGAAGAGUUGCCAAAUCAGAAAUUACGAUUUAUUUGAAGCAUUGAUGGAAUUGCAGAUUGACCCUGUGAAGGCGAAAGAUAGAAUGGGAGCUAAUCCUGUCCUGCGUUUACUCGAUUACUCUUCCAAGUCUCAUUGGCUGAUGAAAUACCUUGGGAAAACGACGGGGGUUUUGGGGGCGAAAAUUCGAGUCCGGAUGAUGCAGAUCUUGCUGGAAAGAGGAUGUGAUCCGAAUCAAAGGAUUGGCUGCGAGAAAUUCACCCCACUCCAUUUGGCUGCGAAAGCUUGUGAUCUUGAAAUGUGUCGUCUGUUGCUCAGGUACGGAGCUAAUCCGUAUAUUUUGACCGAAACGGGAUUGGGAGUUUUGGAUGCUGCUUGUGAAAUUGGUAUACGAGGGUUCAGGGAAAAACUGCGCCUCGAAAUAAGCUUUCCCCAGGUACCGGGGGCAUAUUAUCAGCAAAGGUGUUCCUCUUGUUGAAGGCUGUCUCCUCUGUGAAGGAAAUUCAUGUGAAAGAAAUCGAUUUUUUCGUUAUUUUUGUGAACCAACUCGAUCUCGAUUUUCUGUUACGUGUCUCGAGGCUGUGACGAAAUUUGCGAUAAAAUUCCGAACGCGGGUAAAACGUCC